AUGAAUUCACAAGUGGCAGCAAAUGGACACUCUGUCCCAUCUGGACUUAAUGUGGUUUCCACAUCCCCUUCGCCAAUUCUUCGCUUUCUGAAAGCCGAGCCAAAAGCACUUGGGACUGUCCAAAUAAUGAUUGGACUUAUCUCUUUAAUGUUUGGGAUUGUCUUCGUGGCUGAUCCUCAAUUUGCCCUGUUUUCUGUUUUUAGUGGACAUCUUUUUUGGGGAACAAUAUUUUACAUCAUUACUGGCUCUCUGUCUAUCGCAGCAGCAAACAACCUCAAUUCCUGUCUGGUGCAAGGCUCUCUGGGAAUGAAUGUCGUCAGUGCCCUAGGUUCAACAGCAGGCAUUGGUUUACUGACAACAGACAUUUUCUUAAAUUACAUAUGCUUCUUUAAUGAUUGUUACAGGUUUAAGGCACGAUCUAAAGCGAUCAGUGCAGUACUACUGGUUUUCACUAUUCUUCAGCUCAUCCUCUCAAUCACCAUCUCAGCAUUCGCCUGCAAAGCCACCUGCAGCUCUCAACUGAUGCUGCCUGUAAUGUACUCUAACCAGGGUGCCACUGUCAACACACAAGAUGCUAUUGACAGGCCCAAGGGAGCUGGAGAGGUCAUCUUCUCGUGCGACACACCAAUUGCCUUGAAAUGA